AUGACCACCGUAGAACCCCCCACUGCAGGCGCAGAUGAAGGAGCCGCCACAAUUCAACAAAAGUUGAACCGAUAUAUCGACAAGUACACAUCAGAGAACACAAAAUCACGCCAAUGCAACAAAGAUGCGUCGGCUUCAUUGCCAGGCGGGACAACAAGAUCCGUCCUCUACUACGAACCCUUCCCGCUCUCAUUUUCUGGAGGCCAUGGCUGCAAGUUAACGUCGGUCGACGGGGAUGAAUACCUCGAUUUCGUUUCCGAAUAUUGUGCCGGCAUGUUUGGUCACUCACAUCCCGACAUCAUUGCAGCCAUUGAGAGCGUCACCAAGUCAGGCUUCACUCUUGGCGGCCCAGGCCCUAUGGAGGGCGAGCUUGGGAAGCUGCUGGUUGACAGGUUCCCAAGUAUUGACGCCAUCAGAUUUUGCAACUCCGGGACAGAGGCAAACACAAUGGCAAUUGCCACUGCUUUACACUUCGUCGGGAGGAAGAAGAUUUUGGUAUUUGAGAAUGGCUACCACGGCGGUACGCUAUCAUUCACACCGGGAAACCCGUUGAUUCUGCCUCACGAUUUUGUUCAUGGCCGUUAUAACGACAUCGAAUACACAAGACCCAAGAUUACCUCAGACGUCGCGGUCAUCAUUGUGGAGCCAAUGCAGGGUGCGGCCGGCAUGAUUGCCGGAUCCAGAGAGUUUCUACAAUUUCUCAGAGAAGAAGCGACACGUAUUGAAGCAGUCCUUAUCUUCGACGAAGUCAUUACCUCUCGUCUCAACUACGGAGGCCUGCAGGAGGUCCACGGAAUCAUUCCUGACAUGACAACUAUCGGCAAGCACUUCGGAGGAGGCUUUUCCUUUGGUGCCUUUGGCGGAAGAAAAGCGAUUAUGGACUUGUAUGAUCCUCAGGCUCCCCGUAGUCUAUUUCACUCGGGGACGUGGAACAACAAUGUCUUUUCAAUGACAGCAGGUGUCGCGGCGACGAAGCUACUUUCAGGAUCGGCUUUGGAAAAGAACAAUAGUCUUGGAGACAGGCUUCGGGACGGCCUGCGUACUGUUUUUGCCGCAAAAGAUGAAUCGAUAGUCACUCUCACUGGCCUCGGUAGCGUCAUUGGCGUGCACUUCAACGGCUCUUCUGCAGAUCAUCUGCGAGAUUGUUUCUUCUUCUAUUUGAUUAGCAAGAGGAUAUAUGUCGGCCGUCGCGGUUUCAUUGCCUUAAAUAUCACUCAUGAAGAGGAACAUGUGAACAGGCUGCUUGAGGUGGCCCGAGAGUUUUCCAACGAAAUUCUAUAG